AUUUCUUACUUCACUCGGCCCUCUCCCUCUCUCUCAAUCUUCGUCUUCCCAUCUUCAAUCGCAGCCCACAUGGCCCAGACGCUCCCUCUGCAGACCAGCAACAACGCCAACACCGCCGCUCCGGCGGCGGUGGCGGCGGCGGCGCGCAAGGGCAAGACCGUCGAGGAGACCUACCAGAAGAAGUCCCAGCUCGAGCACAUCCUCCUCCGCCCCGACACCUACAUCGGCUCCGUCGAGAAGCACACCCAGGCGCUCUGGGUCUACGACGGCGACGAGAUGGUGCACCGGCCCGUCACCUACGUCCCGGGCCUCUACAAGAUCUUCGACGAGAUCCUCGUCAACGCCGCCGACAACAAGCAGCGCGACCCCAGGAUGGACUCCGUGAAGGUGACCAUCGACCCGGAGAGGAAUCUGAUCAGCGUGUACAACAACGGGGAUGGCGUGCCCGUGGAGAUGCACCGGGAGGAGAACGUCUAUGUGCCGGAGUUGAUCUUCGGCCAUUUGCUGACCAGCAGUAACUACGAUGACACCGUGAAGAAGACGACGGGAGGGAGAAACGGGUAUGGCGCUAAGCUCACGAAUAUAUUCUCGACAGAGUUUGUUAUUGAGACGGCUGAUGGCAAGAAUGGCCUGAAGUACAAGCAGGUUUUCUCAAAGAACAUGGGAGUAAAAGGUGCACCUGAUAUUAAGGCUUGCAAGGCGGGCGAAAACUGGACCAAGGUCUCAUUCAAACCAGACUUGGCCAAGUUUAACAUGACCCAGCUUGAAGAUGAUGUGGUUGCUUUGAUGAAAAAGCGCGUCAUUGACUUGGCUGGGUGUCUCGGUAAGACGGUGAAGGUUGAGCUGAACGGGAAAAGGGUUCCUGUCAAAACAUUUGCUGACUAUGUCGGCCUCUGUCUAAAAUUUGCCUCUAAAAGUAGACCAGAAUGCUCCCUCCCAAGGAUUGAGGAGACUGUUAAUGAGAGGUGGGAAGUCUGUGUAAGCCUAAGCGAAGGACAAUUUCAACAGGUCAGCUUUGUGAAUGGGAUAGCUACUAUUAAGGGAGGGACGCAUGUUGAUUAUGUGACCAAUCAGAUUGCCAACCAUGUUAUGACUGUUGUGAACAAGAAGAAUAAGACUGCGAACCUCAAAGCUCAUAAUGUUAAGAGUCAUUUAUGGGUUUUUGUCAAUGCCCUCAUUGACAAUCCUGCAUUUGAUUCUCAAACCAAGGAAACUUUGACACUUCGUCAGAGCAGCUUCGGAUCCAAGUGUGAACUAUCUGACAAGUUCCUACAAAAAGUGGCAAAGUCUGGAAUCGUUGACUCUCUCCUCUCAUGGGCAAAUUUCAAGCAAAGUAAAGACCUAAAGAAAACUGAUGGGUCGAAGAGGGAGAACCUCCGUGGGAUUCCCAAGCUUGAGGAUGCUAAUGACGCUGGAGGUAGAAACUCCAACAAGUGCACCCUGAUUUUGACAGAAGGAGAUUCAGCAAAGGCCCUCGCAGUAAGUGCUGGUACCUUUUGGAUGUGUGACAUAGAAAUCUUAUUAAUUUUGUGGCUGGACAUUCUCAAAGAGUUGCCUAAUCAAACUGAGUUGAUGCAGAUGGCUGGGCUUUCUGUUGUUGGACGAGAUCGUUAUGGUGUUUUUCCUUUGAGAGGUAAAUUACUCAACGUGAGGGAAGCCAGCCAUAGUCAAAUAAUCGAAAACAAAGAGAUACAGUACGUAAAGCAGAUUCUUGGGUUGCAGCAAAAUAAGGAUUAUGACAGUGUCAAAUCUUUAAGAUAUGGUCAUUUGAUGAUAAUGACAGACCAGGAUCACGAUGGUUCCCACAUUAAAGGUCUUCUAAUUAACUUCAUUCAUUCAUUCUGGCCAUCCUUACUCAAAGUUCCAUCUUUCCUAGUUGAAUUUAUCACUCCAAUUGUAAAGGCUACUCAUAAAAAUGGAAGAGAAUUAAGUUUCUAUUCAAUGCCGGAAUAUGAGUCCUGGAAGGAAAGUUUGAGCGGCAAUGCAAGUGGGUGGUCAAUUAAAUACUAUAAGGGGUUGGGAACAAGCACCUCAAAAGAGGGAAAGCAAUACUUCCAAAAUCUUGAAAUGCACAAGAAGGAUUUUGUAUGGAUUGAUGACCAAGACAGCGAUGCAAUUGAGCUUGCUUUUAGCAAGAAGAAGAUUGAAGCAAGGAAGGCUUGGCUACGUCAGUUCGAGCCUGGUACUUAUCUUGAUCAGAAGGAGAAGCUCAUCAAGUACAGUGACUUUGUUAAUAAGGAGCUGAUAUUGUUUUCUAUAGCUGAUCUUCAAAGAUCAAUUCCUUCCAUGGUCGAUGGCCUCAAGCCAGGUCAAAGGAAAAUUCUUUUCUGCUCAUUCAAAAGGAAUUUCAUCAAAGAAGCAAAGGUUGCCCAGUUUUCUGGUUAUGUAUCUGAGCAUUCAGCAUACCAUCAUGGCGAGCAAAGUCUUGCUAGUACCAUAAUCGGAAUGGCACAGGAUUAUGUAGGCAGCAACAACAUUAACCUUCUCAUGCCGAAUGGACAAUUUGGGACCCGAAACAUGGGAGGAAAAGAUCAUGCUAGCCCUAGGUACAUUUACACGAAGCUUUCCCCGAUCACACGAUUCCUCUUCCCAAAGGAUGAUGACAACCUCUUGGACUACUUAAAUGAAGAUGGGCAAUCUAUUGAACCAACUUGGUACAUGCCUAUCUUACCUGUGGUUCUAGUCAAUGGUAGUGAAGGAAUUGGAACUGGAUGGAGUUCUUACAUCCCCAACUACAAUCCAAGAGAUAUUGUUGCCAACUUGAGACGCUUGUUGAAUGGUGAAAUGAUGGAGCCCAUGGAUCCUUGGUAUCGUGGAUUUAGAGGGACCAUCGAGAAAACAGCCACUAAGGAAGCUGGUGUCAGCUACACUGUUUGCGGGAUAAUCGAGGAAGUUGAUGAUACCACACUGAGGAUCACAGAGCUUCCAAUACGUCGAUGGACACAGGAUUACAGGGAGUUUUUGGAAUCAUUAUCAACUGGAGAGAAGGAUAAAACAAAGGAUCCUUUUGUCAAGGAAUUUAGGCAGUACAGUGAUGAUGUAACUGUACAUUUUGAAGUUAUGUUGUCAGAGGAGAACAUGAUGAUUGCAAAGCAAGAGGGUUUACUCAAAAAAUUUAAGCUGACCUCAACAAUCAGCACGAGUAACAUGCACCUGUUUGACUCAAACGGAGUGAUUAAGAAAUAUGACAGCCCUGAACAAAUUCUAGAGGAGUUUUUCCACUUAAGGCUCGAGUGUUAUGAGAAAAGAAAGAAAAUUUUGCUGGAAAAUUUGGAGUUAAAAUUAGCGAUGCUGGACAAUAAGGUUAGGUUUAUUCUCGGCGUCGUCCAUGGAGAGAUCAUUGUGAGCAAUAGAAAGAGAGCAGAUUUGUUCCAAGAGUUGCAAGCAAAAGGUUUUGCUCCCUUUAGGAAGGAGACUAAAACAAUUGAAACAGCCGUGGCUGCGUCAACAGAAGAUUUAGAAGAAACAGAAGAGAACUCAGAGGCCACAACCAAAGGAGUGAGAGCCAGUGAUUAUGAGUAUCUGCUCUCCAUGGCAAUUGGCACACUGACGCUUGAGAAAGUUCAGGAAUUAUGUGCUGAUAAAGAUAAGCUUGUUAACGAGGUUGAUGCCUUGAGAAAAGCGACUCCAGAGAAGUUGUGGUUGAAAGAUCUUGCUGCUCUAGAGGAAAAACUUGAUGAGCAAGAAAAAAUUGAUGCCCAGGCAGAGGAAACGAGAAAGGCAAGAAGCAAAACAAAUGGAGCUGGCACAAAAGUCUCUAGACAGGCACCAAAAAAGCCUAGCAAGAAUAACACUAAAGCUAACAAUUCAGUAGCUCAAGCCGAAGUCACUCAAGGAUCAACCAAUGCAUUGGAAGCAGAAAAUGCUGCUAAUGUUGCGAAACCAAAACGUGGUGCUGGUGCUAGGAAAGCUCCAGCUCUGAAGCCUAGCAAGAGUGCCUCAGUUUCAGAUGACGACGAGGAGUUCGAGUUGCUCGACUUAAAAGACCGACUUGCUGCAUAUAACCUUGAAUCUUCACCAGAUAAUUCGUCUGGCAAUGCAGCUCUAGAGGACAAAGUGCCUGAAAUACCAGUCAAGGUGAAAGAACCAAGCAAAAUGGCUACCUCGAGGAAGAAGCCCUUGGUGUCCCUCUCGGAGACUUCGGAGGAAGAAAAUAGUAAUGACAGUGGAGAUGAUGACUACGAGAUAGUGGACUCUGAAGCAGAGGUGGCAAAGAAGAAAGGUGGCAGAAAACCAUCAGCUGUUGCGAAGGUAUCAAAGCCACCUGCAGCAACAAAGAAAGGUCAAGCCAACAGGCAGCAAGCUGGAAUGACCCAACAGCUCUUGACCGAGAUGUUAAAGCCAGCUGAAAGCAAAGGAGUUUCGCCGGAAAAGAAAGUACGGAAGAUGGGGGCAUCUCCUUUCAAUAAGAAGAGCAGUUCUGUGCUGGGAAGGGAAGGUAAGGCAGAUAGUUCCACCGAUACUGAUGCAGAAGGAGUGGUUGAAGCGGCCCCUCCAAAAGGAAGACCUCGGAGGGUGAACCGCAGGCAGACAAGAUAUGUAGUGAGCGAUUCUGAGAGCGAGAAUCAGACUGAUGAUACCGACUUUGAUGAAGAUGACGAUUAGGUGAUGGAAAUGCUGUAGUUUCCAUGAACAACCAACCAAUGCUGUAUUCUUUUGAAACUCGGGACUUUGGAUGCAAGAAGUCAUUCAUUAGUUUCCAGUCCGUUUGUGUUCAUCUCUCUUUCUCAGAGAUGUUCCGUGUAAACCUGUACUUGUUUUUGUGUCCAAAUCGCUGUGUUCUGUAGCUGCACUCCUACCUAGAACUGUUGAUACGAGUAGUUAGCAUCUAUAGUUAAAAGUGAAUUACUCAUGUUAAAGGAGAUAGAUAUAAGACUUGUAGAAGUUUAGUGGCUUGGUUGUGCAGCUCGUGCGAUCACUUUACUCAUAACAAAAUCCUUGCAA